CUUUUGAGCUAACGUGGGCCUAUGACGUUAAGGGGCGAGGCGUGGGAGGGCGGGGCGAAUGGGAUACGGAAGCCGAAGAGGGCCUGGGAGGCCGUUCGGAAGUAAGGAACUGGAGGGAAGAUGGUUUACAUCUCGAACGGACAAGUGUUGGACAGCCGGAGUCAGUCCCCAUGGAGAUUGUCAUUGAUAACAGAUUUCUUCUGGGGAAUAGCAGAGUUUGUGGUUUUGUUUUUCAAAACUCUGCUUCAGCAAGAUGUGAAAAAAGGAAGAGGCUACGGAAGCUCAUCUGAUUCCAGAUAUGAUGAUGGAAGAGGGCCACCAGGUAACCCUCCCCGAAGAAUGGGUCGAAUCAAUCAUCUUCAUGGCCCCAGUCCUCCUCCGAUGGCUGGUGGAUGAGGAAGGUAA